UAGAGUAAAAGGUCAAAGUAUAUACGCGCGCGCGCGUGUGUGUGUAUGCAUGUAUGUAUGUACGUAUGUAUUAUAUAUUACAUACACCUUCAUAGAUAGAUACACACGCGCGCACGCAUAUUAAAACAAGGGAGGUUACUCUAAAGUAAUUUUUCAACAUAUUUGAAUCAUCCUUUUGUCAUUGUUUUUAUUGCUUCUGUCUCAGAUCUGUUUCAAGUCCAUUAAGUUACUGCUGCAGUGAUGGCCCCAACAAUUGUGGAUUUGAGAAGUGAUACAGUCACAAAACCUUCCCAGGCCAUGAGAGAGGUCAUUGCAAAUGCUGAAGUGGGAGACGAUGUUUUAAGAGAAGAUCCAACUAUCUUAGCCUUAGAAGAAAAAUGUGCAAAACUUCUUGGCAAAGAAAAGGCCUUGUUUGUUCCUUCUGGGACCAUGGCAAAUUUAUUAAGCACUAUGAGUCACUGUCAUGAAAGAGGUUUGGAAAUUAUAAUUGGAGAUCAAGCUCAUGUUGGUAUUUAUGAACAAGGCAAUGUUGCACAAAUUGCUGGAGUAUUUGCAAGAAUCAUCCCCAACCAGAAAGAUGGAACUCUUGAUCUUGCUACAAUUGCCAAGACAAUAUCAACAGGAGGUGACGCCCACCUCUGUAAAACGAAAGUUAUCUACCUGGAAACUACUCAUAAUAGAUGUGGAGGGAAAAUAUUACCUUUAGAUUAUCUACAAAAGGUGUAUAAUUUAGCACAGGAAAAUGGUAUCAAGGUGCAUAUAGAUGGUGCACGCCUUAUGAAUGCAGCUGUUGGUCUCGGUGUUCCUGCUUCUGAAAUAACAAAAUACUGUGAUUCUGUCAGCUUGUGUUUCAGUAAAGGAAUUGGGGCUCCAGUUGGGUCAGUUUUAGCUGGUACUGAAUCUUUCAUCACAAGGGCCUUAAGAAGCCGUAAAGCUCUCGGAGGUGGAAUGAGACAAGCAGGAAUAUUGGCUGCUGCUGCCAUAUAUGGUUUAGACAGAGUUCAAGAAACCAUUACAAGAGACCAUGCUCAUGCAAAGAAAUUGGUCAAUGGUCUGAAAAAUCUUUCUUCUUCGGCGGUGAAAGUAGAACCGGAAGAAGUCCAAACUAACAUCAUGUUUAUUGAGAUCAAUAAAGACAUUGCCUUCAUUUCUGAUUUAAUUAAACGUUUAAUGACGACCACUGAUGAUGAAGUAAAGGAGCUAGGGAAGGAGAUCCAUGUGCGUUGUGCAAAUAUGGGCCAGAGGAUUCGACUUGUAACUAAUUGGAAUCUAAGUGAACAAGACAUAGAUGAUGCCAUCAAGAAACUGUGUUAUGUUUUCAGUGAAAAAAACCUGUAAAAGAUACUACAGAAGAUAGAUAGAUAGAUAGAUAGAUAGAUAGAUAGGUAAAUUGUGCGUGCAUGUGUGUGUGUGUGUGUAUAGGGUGCACCAAGAGUCAUGCACAAAUUAAGUUCACUGACUUAUUAUAUUCCUAUCAAAAUAAAGAAAAUGAAAAUAUGGACACACACUCUUGUUUCUGUAUUAAACCUAAUACAUAACUCCUUAUAUCUAACUCAUCUCUGCAGUUUAGAUGUCUAUCUAUCUAUCUAUCUCUUUAUCUAUCUAUCUAUCUAUCUAUCUGUCUAUCACUCAGUCAAUCUAUCUAUCUAUCU